AUGAGUGAGCUGGAGGAUGUCAGCCAUCACAUUCAUGACAAAAUAUCAUCCAUUCAACGGAUGCUGGACCUGUCAGUGGCAGAGGUUCCACAAAAUAAGAUGAAGAAACUUGGACAAGAACUCUUUGCACUUGAGAAGCUUGUCGGUGAGUUUGAAAAGUGUAUUGGUCAUCAGAAAGACCAACUAAAGCAACUGAAGGAGCUUGAAGAGUCAUUCCAAAAAGAUAUGGAGGAUGUCCAGCACCUUAAAGACAACAUACCUGCACACAUGCCCAUGAAGAAAGACUCAGCAAAUGGAAAAGAACCUGUAGUAAAGCAGAACGAAGCAGCAGACGUACAACCCCCCCAGCCAGAAAAUGUCAAAAAGACCAACAAGAACUAUGUCAGAGAGAUGGAGUUCAUCACUGUGCCAGAGUUUGAGAGCAUCCCUCAGUAUAUGAAAGGACGGGUAUCAUAUGAUCAACUGAAUGCAGCAGUGCAGAGCAUCAACAUAGCUGUCACAGCCAAAUACAAGAUCCUCCGUCAGUCUGUGAAGACUCUCAGCAACCAUUCACGCAAGCUCUACCAGCGCUUUAAGGAACAAGAGACAAAAGAUACUAAAGGUCAGUAUUUUGUGGUAGACGAUGACUUUCGUGAGUUCACUCAGAUGAAGGUGGACAAGCGAUUUCAGGGGAUUUUGAACAUGCUGCGUCACUGCCAGCGCCUACGAGAAUUACGAGGAGGAGGCCUCACUCGAUAUAUGUUGUUAUGAAAAAACAACCUGUCACAUAUUUCUGCUUUUUUGUUGUUGAUGCUUUUUUAAUUGUUAGAGUUUUUGAAUGUACACAUUCCUGAUUUACUACACAUACAAUACUACACAUGGCUUUGUUUUGACUCAUCACAUUAGUUAGUUAUAAUAACCAGUAUUUCAAUUAGGUUAGUGGCCUCAUUCAUUCUUCAA